GUUUGAAUCAGGCACAUCCAUUAUCCCCGCGCAAGGCGACGUUACGCACGUAAUUACCGGAGGUCACACUUACCUACCCAGAGAGCCAAGUAACCCCCAAAGCCACGAGUCCCCCAUCCACUAGCCCGGAACCCCAAACCCAAACCCCCUCGCCUGCCCGCAAGAUGCCCACCUCAACGCUCCGCUCCCAGCUCGACAAAGACGGCUUCGUCAUAAUCCGCUCCCUCCUCCCCCCCUCCCACCUAACCCAACUCCGCAGCGCCGCAACCCGCACAACCGCCCUCGCAACAGCCGGAUCCUGGCCGCACGUGCGCACGGUAGGGAAGCAGUUCCCGCCAUGGACCUGGAGUCCCGGGGUCGGGAUCUGGGGGGUGCAGCAUCUCCUCAACCCAUCUCUCCCUGACUCCGAUGUCUUCACCGCGAGUUACUUCAGCGACGAGAUCCUGGAUGUGGCGAAGGAGUUGUUGGGGCCGUGCGGUGACGACGAGCUGGUGAUGGAGCUGUAUAAUCUGCUGAUCCGCCCGUCGGAUGGGAGGGGGUACGAGUUACGUUGGCACCGCGACGAUAUCCCCGACUCCGCGAGCGCGGAGGAGGAGGUGCGGAGACUGGGCAAGCCGGCGUGGCAUGCGCAGUGGAAUUUGGCGCUGUGUGAUGGGGAUGAGAGUUUGGUUGUGGUUCCUGGGUCGCAUGGAAGAGCGAGGACGGAGGCGGAGAGGACGGCGGGGCCGUUUGAGGUGGAUAUGCCGGGGAAGUUGGUGGUGAGGUUGGAUGCGGGGGAUGUGGUGUUCUAUAAUAAUAAUAUCUUGCAUCGAGGUGUUUAUGACGGGACGCGUGAACGCAUGAGCUUGCAUGGCUCGGUUGGACAUGUGGCGGGGGGCAGACUGAGGGCCAGGAAUGUCCUGCAGCAUGCCGUUGGGAGUUGGGUGGAUGGAUGCGAUUUCAGUGGAUUGCCUGAAAGGCACAGGGACAGGGCCGAAGGAAUGCGCGCGCGGUUGGUGAAAUUGGGGCGCGAGAGCGGCGAGGUGGGAUAUUCGCUGGAAGGUUGAUGGAGAUUUCGGACACCACGUGUAGAGGGAGAGAGAAAAGGCGAAAUAUUUUCGAA